GUCGAAUAAACCACAUUAAAAUUCCACUACCAGAAUCCUUUCACUCUUGAUAUUAACUAUGUCGGGCAUACUUCUCUUCUGCACGGCCCAAAUGCCGGCCUCGGUAGUCAAUCGUCUAAUGACCGACUGCACCAUUCCAUCCCUCGCAUCCAACAUCUUCAGUCUAGUUCGCGAUCCUGACCAGUCCACUCUCGACAAUCCAAAUUCCGACCCUCCUAUUGAAGAUUUCCAAACGGGCUUUAAAGGAUACUCCGACACCGACCUCCGACAAUAUGCCAAACAGCGCACUACCGAUCUCAGACGCCAGAGAAAUCACAGUCUAGUUGCGGAAUGGAUUGCAGUUCUGGAUCAGAGAUCCGUGGAAGAAGGGAAUGUUGUCAUGCAUCAUUUCAUGGAGAAGUCGGCGUGGGAAGACAUGUUGCAGGACGCAGAGCAGGAGGUGUGCAUCCCAGGCCAGGCGGAGGUAAAUGAGGCAGAGGACUCAAUAUGGUGGAAGUGGAGAGUGCCAUUUGUGUCGGCAUUUCAGCUCUGGAAUAGUGUGGAGAGUUUGGAAUGGGCGGGCCUUGAGUUGUACUCUAGGCCGGAGUAUUUGGGCGAGGAUGGGAUCGUGCAGACGCAUAUUCCGGAUCAGAUUGUGGGGGGGGAUUUAGUUGAUCCUAAGCAUGUGUUAUAGUGUGGAUAUGGUAGUUUUGCUUUGCCACUAGCUCUAAAACUCUGCAAGUGGAGUUAUGCUACCAGGAAAACGCUUGUCCACACGCGAGCCUUCUGCUUGAAUGCCAUUCAUCAUUCAAUGAUGGUCCAUCAGGUCGCUAUAUAUAGUUUGAAUAAAAACCAUAGAACUUGGCGGCGGCCGUAGGAUCCGGAGCCGCUCGAGAUGGCUUACGUUAUGCUCCAUUUAGACUUUUCUUGCUCUGCCAGCAGCUCCUGGGGUUGAACUUGAGGGUGCUGCUGUUGCGUAGAGCUAUCUUGAGCACCAACACUAUCCAGCGCCUCGAGCGGUUCCGGUUGGAACAGGGCCUCGAAAGUCUGGCUGUC